AUGUUUUGUGACCUUCCUGACGACGUGAUACUCCAUACUUGUCGCUGGCUACCUCAAGGUGAUCUACUCAACUUGGCUCUCUCUAGUUCUCAUUAUUACGAGGUUAUCCAUGCCAAAUUGUACGAGAUAGUGGUGAUAGAUUCUUCUAGAAGACAGUUUGACGAUGUUUUUGACGAGAAAUCUCGGCUUUAUUGGUUUUCUUCCCACGCAUUCGCCAGUGAACCCACGGUGAUCCGCUCUCUCUACGCGUUAAAGACAUUCUUCCGAAACUUAAUGAAGAAUCCACAAUACGGCCGUCAUGUCCGGCAGUUGGUGGUUCAUGAUGAAUUUCCCGAUAUCCCAGAGCUCGAGUUGGCUGGCUACUUAUGCCUGGUGUUGCCUUCUUUGGUCAAUUUACUGGUGUUGAACUGGUAUGCUGUUAGCCAGCCUCUCAAUGCCAAACUCGUCAAAUUGCUUCCUCACCCCGAGAACUUGGUGAGUCUUUGCGGCAACUUCCAAUUUGUGGCAUCUGAGCUUCCCUCUGAUAGAUUCCCAUGCUUGGGCCACUUGGAUCUCUCCAAUGUCUCUUCCCAUAAGGCACUUAGAAACAUCGAUAUGGAUAGAUUCCCCAACUUGCAUUCAUUGACUUUGGCCAAGAAACCUUCCAAUAACAUGCUUCAAUUCACCUCACGUGUAUCAAAUUGUUGUCAAAGUGCUCUCAAUACUUCAGUGGAGUCUCUUCCUUACGGAGACCCAGCAUCCUACAUUUCAUGUUUAUUUUCCACAAUUAACCCAUCGAGGCUCCAGCUUUCAUCUUUGAUUCUCAAGGAUAUCUCGCUCUCUGCAAAAGAUGGGUAUCUACUUCUAGAAAACAUCGAGGUACCCCAUUUGCAGAAGUUGUCCCUUGAUAAUUGUGGAGAAGCCCUCUUCGAGUCAACAUACAAUGAAAUUCCGGUUCGAAGAAGAACUCCUCCUCCAGAAUUGUUCUUGGAUGUACUCGCCAAACAUCUUUCGCAUCUAGAGUCUUUGAACUUGAACUUAAGCAACGAGCUAUGCUAUAAUAGAAGCACAUUCAGUGCCAUUAAAACCGUUCUGCCAUUGAAACGUCUUGGAGUUCACAUUAAGGUUUUCAAGAGUGACGAGGCCAUCAAUUUAGCUCCAUUGGUGGACUCACUUCAGUCUCAUUGCGACAGCUUAGAGUAUUUGAACUUGUGUUGCGAUGUGGUGGAGUCCUCGGUAUCCAUCUGUCCCAAGAAGAACAAUAGGUACUCGCUCAAGUCAGUGAUUGGACUUUCCAACCUUCGCAAGUUGAAGGUGUUGAAGUUGCCGCUUUCGUAUUCCCAGAUUGCAGAAGUUGCCAAUGUGCUUUCUCCAUUGACUAACUUGCAUCUUCUCCAGUUGGGAAUCACCGAUGGUCCAUGUAAAGCUUCUAAGGCCGCUUGCAGCACUUGUAAUGAGACGCUCAUUUAUGCUCUCUACAACACCAAUUGCCUCAUCUCACAAGACUAUUUUAAUUGCCCUAGCUCAUUCAUCAGCAAUAUUGAGCAGAACAAGACACAAGAAUAUGUCAACUUUUCCAAAAAAUUUAGAUCCAUUUUCAAACUGCUCCAGUAUAUGCGGUUUGACUUGAAGAAUCAGUCGCUACUUUAUGAUUGCCAGGAUGCCUCUAAUAUCAUUGCUAAGGACACCAGUUUGGUGGACUCUUACGAUUCUUUGGUUCACAGGCACAUAUGA